AUGGGAACUUACUUUUCCUUCUUGUUCAUGCUCACAUUCUUGUUGGUGGGCAAUGUCCAAUGCAACCCAAACUACAAAGAAGCUUUGGCUAAAUCCUUAUUAUUUUUUCAAGGCCAGAGAUCAGGAAGGCUUCCUCGGGACCAACAAAUCACAUGGAGAUCCAAUUCAGGUCUUUCUGAUGGUAGCUCAGCCAAUGUGGAUUUAAGUGGAGGAUACUAUGAUGCAGGAGACAAUGCGAAAUUCAAUUUUCCAAUGGCAUACACCACAACAAUGUUAUCAUGGAGCACAAUUGAAUAUGGCAAGAGAAUGGGACCCCAAAUCAAAGAAGCAAGAGCUGCAAUUCGUUGGGCCACAGAUUACCUCCUAAAGUGUGCUACAUCCACUCCUGGUAAGCUUUAUGUUGGAGUUGGAGACCCAAAUGUGGACCACAAAUGUUGGCAAAGGCCAGAGGACAUGGACACUGGCAGAACUGUGUAUUCGGUAUCUCCAAAUAACCCUGGUUCAGAUGUUGCUGCUGAAACUGCUGCUGCUCUUGCUUCUGCAUCUAUUGUUUUUAGACAUGUUGACCCAACAUACUCUAGUUUGUUGGUGAAGACUGCCCGAGAAGUUUAUGAAUUUGCUUUGCAGUAUCAAGGUUCUUACAGUGAUUCAUUAGGAUCUGCAGUUUGCCCAUUUUACUGCUCAUAUUCUGGUUUUAAGGAUGAGCUAUUGUGGGGAGCUGCAUGGCUUUUCAGAGCAACAAAUGCUGUUUCCUACUAUAAUUUGGUCAAGUCCAUGGGAUCUAAUGAUCAACCAGAUGUCUUCAGCUGGGACAACAAAUUUGCUGGUGCAUAUGUUCUUCUCUCAAGGAGAGCAUUGCUAAACAGUGACAACAACUUUGAUCAAUUCAAGCAAGAAGCCUUACUUACAACCUAUUCCAA